AUGGAUAUCGAUUUUACCGAAGAAGCCCCGGUCGCGAGCAGCAGCACCAGUAAGGCGAAAUCGGGGCUCGAAAAUUUUAUGCCAAACGGAUAUAACGCGAAGCAAUCAUUGGAAGCCAAGACGGCAUCGUUUAGACAAGCCCUUGAGCGCUGUGCAAUGCCCGGACUAGACCCUGGUUUUCCUCCGGAUCCCGAACAGUCAACUUUUGAAAACCUGGACCUCGGAUAUAUCGAGGAGCCGAAAGAAAGAGAGCGCAGAUCUUUUGCGGAAAAAUACAAGAAAGAAAUCCACGACAAAACCAAGGACAUUGUGGUGCAGUGGUAUUACGACAAGAUGAUCAGCAAAGAAGAAUACAAGGAUAUAAUGCGCGACAUCGUCAAACCCUGCCUCAAAUACCGUAUCCGGUCCCGCGCCGAGAUCCGUGACCGAGCCCAGAAAAUCUUGGCCGAGUACCGUAAAAAGGUCCGG